AUGACCGUGGAAGUCCCUGUCCUUCCUACAAAUGAAGCUAUUCCUCUAUCUCCUGUGGCCUUCAUAUUAUGGUCUCGUCUGUUACAUGGCUACAUUCCUACGGCUGCUUUACAACUUGUCUGGGAUCCCAACGUGACCACCUCUCUACCGUGCAGACUCUGUAAACAAUAUAUUGAGAUAAGUUUCCACCUCUUUGUAAGCUGCCCUCUCAAGCUUAACUUCUGGUUCUCCAUUUUCGAAAGAUAUUCUCUGCCGGACAAGUUCCUCACUGCAGAUGAAAUAUGGUCUGUGCUCGCUUCUUUUGUCCCGGUAAAUGAACAAACCAUAGACGAUACGGACGUUCUUUGUUUCUUUGGCACGGGUAUUGCAACUAUAUAUAAAUACCACUGGCUGUGCGUCUUAGAUGACACACCAUGGUAUACAACUGCAGUCGUCAAUAGUUUCGAAUUGGAACAUAGCGGAUUCCUGUCAUCAUUGCCUUUUGAGCGGAAGUUAUCUUCCACUAUAGACACAUAA